AUGGGGGGCCUCCUGGGGUUGCAGGUAGCGGACCUCCCACUACAGCUCGGCGAGUGGUUGGUGGGUAACUUUGACCCAGAUAUGAUGGCCCUCAAGCUAUGCAAUGGGAGCUACAUGAGCAUCACGACCCAGGACGUAGCAAGGGUGUUGGGCUUACCCAAUGGGCCGUUGCCAAUUUCGGAACGUGACGGGCCACAUGUUUCGCCAGAACUACGUGCAUGGAGGGAGGAAAUCAAACACCGGAAAGGAAAAAUCACAGUCAAGGCGUUAGUCACGCAGAUGUUAGAGCUCAAAGGUGGGGGGGAGUGGUUUAGGCGGCAUUUAAGUGUCGUUGUUGUCUCCACCCUGAUUGCCAGUGUUUCAAAUGGCUAUGCCAAUCAAAAGACCGUCCAUAUGUUCCGCGAUGUGGACCGGAUUACAGACUUGGACUGGUGUGGGUAUCUCCUUCGCUCUUUGGUUGUCGCACAUGGACAUUGGACCCAAGAUAGAACUCGCAAAUUCAUGGGGCCACUACUAUUCUUAAUUCUCCUGUAUGCAGAUAGGGUCGUGGUAGGAGGACGUGACGUGCCCAGAUCAAUCCCCACGUUAAAUGGGUGGACUACGGAGUUACUCAAAGCACGGGAGGCACGAGAGAUUACUGCACAAGGGUUUGGGCAAGGCAUGCUAGAUGAUCCGCCGCAUCCAACUGACUUCCAUGCUCCUUCGGUUGAAGCAUCAUUGACUGGCCAACCAAUACGACUCAACACCGAGCCGGGCACAUUGCAGCCGGGACCUACUCUUGGAACACCACAGGGAUUUGCACAGCUCUUCGAAUCCAAAACCGGUGAUCUAGUUUUAGUCGCGACACAAGUGGCUGAUAUGGUGCGCCAAAACCCCAACCAAGCUUAUGGUGACCACAAUUUCAAGAGGCUGCCGAGGCAUCCAAUCUUCUGA